AUCGCUUCCAUCUGGGCCAAAGUUGACCUGGAAAAUGAUGGUCACGAUGCCCUGGCCAGGCUUCUUCAAGUCUAUCCAUGGACCCAGAGGUAUUUCAGCAGCUUUGGAAAUCUGUCCAGCCCUGCUGCCGUUACUGGUAACGCCAAGGUCCACGCCCAUGGCAAGAAGGUUCUUGGUGCCAUUGACAACGCCAUUCACCAUCUUGAUGAUGUAAAACAGACCCUGGCUGGCCUCAGCAAGCAACAUGCUGAUGAGCUCUAUGUGGAUCCCGAGAAUUUCAAGCGUCUUGGUGACAUGCUGAUCAUUGUUUUGGCCUCUAAGUUGGGAUCUGAAUUCACCCCCAAAGUCCAGUCUGCAUGGGAGAAGUUCAUUAAUGUCUUGGUUGCUGCUCUGAGCCAUGGAUAUUACUAA